AUGGACGGCGAUAGGUCCCAAGGAAAAAGCUUCCCGCCGAGACCACCAAAAUCUGGACAAAGGAGAAGCGCGGACGACAACCCCGUCCGAAGGAAGGAUGCAGAAAAGGCGGAAGCCCCGCCUUGGGAAAAGAGGAAUCGUGACGACCACGACGACCUACCCCCACCGCCGAAGCGACAAGUCAGCAUGAUCAUGGGAGGCCUCCUGGAUAACGACGACUCCAUAUCGGCGAUCAAGGAAUACGAGCGAAAGGCCGUCACGGCACAACGCUACCCAUAUAUCCAUAAAGGAAUCCCUACUAUCUCCUUUACGGAUAAGGAUGCGAGCGAGCUGGAUAUCCCUCACCUCGACCCACUCGUGGUCACUCUGCAGAUUCACGACUGCGACGUCGCGAAGGUUCUGGUUGACACUGGAGCACGGUGA